UGAGCUCGUCUUCGUCGCAUUUACCAUCCGUAGCGUGCACAUCCUUUCCAUCCUUGCUAUCCGCACCAUCCGCUAUCCCUGCCACAAUCGCUCGCCAAGCGGAUGAUAUCGAUGGCGACAUGCGACUUCGUGGCGUCCUCCUCGAGAAUUAGAUGGUCCGCCAUCUCGCCACCGCAACUCAUAGAAGGGAGAACGAGCUACGGCCAGGGGAAGCGGAAUCCCGACGCCAUAGGGACGCCCUCGCGCAAGAAUCGAGCGACAAUCUCCUCCGAAUUAUCGAGAUCAGGGAGUCGUACGACCAUCUCAAGUGCAUCGCCACCGCCGACAAGGUCACCCUUGCGAGUAUCAUCGGGACCGUCGCGUAUCCGCAACCCAGGACGGCGCUGGAAACUCACGAAUCCUAUCUCUGGAAGAUGACGACGAGGAGCAGACGCGCGCGCGGGGCAUGGAAAAUGAGGGGGGGAUGCGAAGAGUGGGGGAUGAGGAAAGCAGCACUAAGGGGGUGCGGGGCAAGGAGAAACGGGUCAGUUUCUCUUCAGCUACGUCAGUCGCUUUCUUUUCAGUUGGGUCGGUCAGUUUCUCUUCAGCUACGUCGGUCGCUUUCCCUUCAGCUGGGUCGGUCAAUUUCUCUUCAGCUACGUCGGCCAGUUUCUCUCCUGCUAGGUCGGCCGGCUUCUAUUCAGCUAGUCGCAGCAGGGCGUGCGCGCGUUGUUGGUCGCGCGGGGCGCGCGUUAUUGGUUGCGCCGGGCACGCGCUGUUGGUCACGCAGGGCACGCGCUGUUGGUCACGCAGGGCGCGCGUCGCUGGUCGCGGGGCUAGAAAGCCGAGGGACCGCGAGCGAAAGUGAAAGCGGAGGAAGCGAGGCAAGAGCGGGGGGAAGAGGCGAGGAGGAUGGGGAAGGGGGUGGGGAUAGGGCGAGAGAUUCAAAAUCGCGACGGGAGAGGGGGAGGAGGGCGAGAGUGGACGGAGAAGUGGUGAGAGGAGGGGGCGAGGGCAGUGUGAGGGGGAGGGCGGAGGGGGUGGCCGCAGGGGAGUUGUAGGCGGAGGGGGGGGGUUAGAUGGGCGAGGAGGGGGGCAGGUCUAAUACGUAAGGUUUCGCUCGGGAAUGUCGAGUACACCUGUGAGACAAUCUUCACUGCCUCCCCUACUGAUGCGUCUUCAGCCUCACCAGCACGCGCGCGCGUCCCUGAUCGAGCCCUCUCUGCGCGGAUCUCCCCCCCUGCGUCCUCCUCACCUCCCUCCCCGCCCGU